AUGGGAUCCGAGUUUUCAUGUAUGAUAAAAGAGGCUAAAGUCCUCGGCAUGGCGCUUGGGAUUGCCUGCUUAGAUGGGAUUGAGGAAGCUGAAGCUCAAUGUGCAUUACUGAACUCAGAAUCUUUAUGUGAUGGAUGUUUCACUUCAGAUUCUGAUGUCCUCCUGUUUGGUGCAAGAACAGUCUAUAGAGAUAUUUGCCUCGGUGAAGGUGGUUAUGUUGUUUGUUAUGAAAUGGGUGACAUUGAGAGAAUACUUGGCUUUGGAAGGAAUUCCUUGAUUGCUCUGGCCGUUCUUCUUGGCAGCGAUUACUCUCAGGGAGUUCAUGGGCUUGGUCCAGAGUCAGCAUGUCAGAUAGUGAAAUCAGCAGGUGAUGGUAACGUUCUUCAGCGAAUUGCGUCAGAGGGACUGUCAUUUGCAAGGAAGCCAAAGGGUUCAAAAAAACAAGGGAAUGAACCUCCUUCACAACAGAAUGAUCAGUUCAUGCAAGUCAUCAAGGCAUAUUUGACACCUAAGUGCCACUCGGCAGACUCAGAUGCUGUGCAUAGCGUUCUUGCUACACGUUCAUUUCAACGAAGCAGACUUCAGCAGAUAUGCACCCAAUAUUUUGAGUGGCCUCCUGAGAAAACAGACGAGUACAUACUUCCUAAGAUUGCUGAAAGAGACUUGCGGAGGUUUUCUAAUCUGCGUGCUACUUCAUCAGAACUGGGAGUUCGACUUUCACUGGAUGAGAUGCCAGUAAAGUGUCCUAUAUCUCAAGUUGUCAAGCACAGAAAAGUUCAGGGAAGAGAUUGCUUUGAGGUUUCCUGGGAAGAAAUGGACGGACUGAAAACCUCUGUAGUGUCCGCUGAUCUUGUAAAGAGAGCUUGUCCUGAAAAGAUUCUGGGGUUUGAGGAGAGAAUAGCUCAAGGGAAGAAACCAAAUUAUUGCAGACGAAGACCGAAAAAAUCAGAGAACAAAGUAUCUGCGAAUGAAAUUGACCUCAAGCUCCAAAAGCUGCUGCUUGUUGUCGAACAAGAAAGCACUGCCAUUUGUAAUGUACCCUCAUCUAGAGGAACAAUAUCAGAGAAGACAAGUAAUGUGACCCAUAAUGAUCUCAUGAACGAGGCCGUGGUGCUCAAUCCCGAGUCAGAAAACAAUAUCAAAAGAAAUGCUACCACAGGUUGCUCUUCGACAACUUCCAUUGUUGCUGAAACAGAAAUCAUCGAUCUAAUGAGCCCUUCACCAACGAUACAUGCCCGUGGUGUUUCAAAAUGUCAGGAGCCUCGAUGUACUGAUGUGAUUGACUUGAGUGAGUCAGAACCUGACACGUCACCUGAACAUGCAAGGAAGGCAAGAGAGUUGAGAUUGUUCUUGGCCAGCAUUAGAGAAGACAUCUCUUGA